UUAGUCUGAGCCUAAAUAAACACCAGCCUUUUCUAUACUGUGUAGUCAAGAGAGUUGUGUGGAGAUGAACAUAUCACAAUCACAGUACAAUAGUGGGUGUGAAUCUGGGUGGACGCAUUACCUAGAUCAGUCAUAUCUUUCCGGCAGCCAUGGAAUUCAGAAAGGUGAUGAUUAUGUAGGAACAAAACCAGAAUUUGAAGAGGAAGAAAGGGAGGAAGAUCUAUCUAUGGUGUCUGAUGCUUCUUCUGGACCUCCACAUUACCAAGAAUUAUAUGAAGAUGGGUGUUCGUUAUCGGUUGAUUCUUCGGCUUCCAAAUCAGGCAAGAAAAGCAAGAAGAAGAAGAGCAAAGAAAGUAGAGGCAAAGAACAACACCACCAUCUUGAUGACACCGCUAGCUCCUCAGUCUUCAACUACUAUUCCAAGAAAAAGAUGAGUACUAUUUCCAUGGAUGAACCUCCAAUGCAGAAUGUGAUGGACUAUUCUGAGGGUUUCUCUGCAACACAUAUGAAGGGAAACUCAGCUUUGCGGCAGCACUUUGGUUACUUGAACUCUUCCCUAGCUUCACAAAAACCUGGUGAUUUUAAGGAGGAAGCUGGGAGUGAUGAUUAUACAUGAUUAUCAUGGGAAUGAACAAACUGUUUCAUCUGCUGCUGCAGUUGUGAAGAGAGAGAGAGAGAGAGAGAGAGAGAGAGAGAGAGAGAGAG